AUGGAUCUUUCAUUGGUAAAUAGGUUUAAUGAUGUUCUCGAAAGCCAGGAUGUUGAUACAUUAAGGGCUGCGUUGCAAAAUUUAAUGGUUCUUUUUGAAACUCAAAACAGAAAUUAUCUCGAAUUAAAACAGCAAGUUAAAAAUCUCAAAAUAAAGAAGCCAAAUAUGGUUGUUGAACAAUGUGAAGAGAUAUCAAUUGAUCCAGAAGAUAACAGACCUCCAUCAAAUGAUAUAAUUGACGAUUCAUACGAAUUACUGGCAUCUAUUCGUCGAUCGCGAAAAGUUCACAAUAGGACCAUUGCAGGUGUUGAAAAAAUGUUAAAUACUCUAUGUACAAAUGAAGAAAAUAGAACAAAUCAAAUGGCUAGCAUAUUGAAUUCCGAAUGA